CUAGUAAAGAACAAUAACUCCAAAUUAUUUUUGCGGGAAAAGGAACGACGAGUUGAAAAGACAGAUCAUUGGAAAUAGAUACUCUUGUGAAGAUAUGACAGAUAAAACUCUGCAAGAGGGUAACAAGUUAUGGGGAGGCAGAUUUACUGGAGAGACUGAUCCUAUCAUGGAGAAGUUUAAUGCCUCCAUAUCAUAUGACAAGAGAAUGUGGCAAGCAGAUUUAAAGGGUAGUAUGGCUUAUGUGAAGGCUACAUGUAAAGCAGGACUACUAUCAGAGACAGAAAGAGACCUCAUUCUCAAAGGAUUAGAACAGGUAUACAGUAAGUGGGAAGAUGGAAGCUUCAUCAUAAAACCUGGUGAUGAAGAUAUACAUACAGCAAAUGAAAGGAUGCUAAAGGAGUUAAUUGGUCCAGUGGCUGGGAAACUACACACAGGGCGUAGCCGUAAUGACCAGGUGGCUACAGAUAUGAGACUAUGGUUAUCUGAUGCAUCUAAAUCAUUGAAGUCCUUACUUAUCCAGUUAAUAUCUGUUUUUGUUGAAAGAGCGAAAAAUGAAAUAGAUGUAUUGUUACCAGGAUACACACAUCUACAAAGAGCUCAGCCAAUCAGAUGGAGCCAUUGGUUACUAAGUUAUACAUGGAUGUUGAAAAGAGAUGUGGAAAGAUUAGAACAGCUUACCGACAGAGCUAGUGUGUUACCAUUAGGAAGUGGUGCCUUGGCUGGUAACCCAUUUAACAUUGACAGGCCAUUCCUUGCACAAGAACUUAGCUUUAAGGAAGUGUCAGGGAACAGUAUGGAUGCAGUUAGUGACAGAGACUUUGUUGCUGAAUUUCUAUUCUGGGGUUCUUUGUUAAGUGUACACCUCAGUAGAUGGGCAGAAGAUUUGAUACUGUACAGUACUAAAGAGUUUAGUUAUGUACAGUUAUCAGAUGCUUACAGCACUGGUAGUAGUCUAAUGCCCCAGAAGAAGAAUGCUGACAGCUUGGAAUUAAUCCGUGGAAAAGCUGGUCAUAUGUAUGGUAGGUGUACAGGUUUUAUGAUGACCUUAAAAGGAGUUCCUAGUACUUACAACAAGGAUUUACAGGAGGAUAAGGAAGCCAUGUUUGAUGUGUAUGAUACUUUAACAGGAAUACUUCAAGUAGCUACAGGUGUCAUGUCAACAUUAAUGAUAGACAAAGAAAAAAUGAAGGCAGCAUUGAGUCCUGAUAUGUUGGCUACAGAUAUAGCUUAUUAUCUUGUCAGAAAAGGGAUACCAUUUAGAGAAGCUCAUGGACAAUCUGGAUCAUGUGUGGCAUUAGCUGAGAAAAAACAAUGUCUGCUGUCUGAAUUAACUCUUGAAGAUUUUAAAACUGUCAGUGAGAAAUUUGAGGAUGAUAUACUAGAAGUGUGGAACUAUGAAAACAGUGUGGAUCAGUAUUCUGUUUAUGGUGGAACUGGACGGAGAAGUGUUCUACAACAAAUCAAUAAUAUACAACAGUUCCUGAAAGAGAAUGCAAUAAAUUAUACAUAAUUUAACAAUUCUCAACAGAAAGAAAUGGCUGGUUAUAACAGCUCCAAUCCGUUUUUUACAGAAGAAGACGAGAAGGGAAAUUUUGGAUCACGAUAUGAUUCAGGAUCCUCGCAAAAUCCUUUUCAAUCUGACGCAGAAAACAGAAGAAAUGAAGUUUUAACACAGAUUCAUGCUUCAGAAGACAGACAAUUAGAAUCCACACGAAGAAUGUUACAAUCUAUAGAUGAAUCUGAAAGAAUUGGGGUUGCAACCGGAGAGGAACUUUUGCGCCAAGGUGAACAGUUAGAUAAUAUUGAAAGAAAGACAACAGAGAUGAAUCAAGAUAUGACUACUACACAAAAACAUAUAAACAAUAUUAAAAGUGUAUUUGGUGGGGUCAAGAACUGGUGGUCAGGGAGAAAAGGCAAUCAACAACAAGCUAGUAGUAGCCCUGAACCACGACAGAGUAAAUUAAGAGACACAGUGGAUAAUUCAAAAAAUGAAUAUGAAAGUAAAAAGCGUGUAGACACAUCUGGGUUUGGUUCAUUUGAAGAUGAUGAUCUUGAUAAAAAAUUUAUGUCUGGUUCAAGAAAACAGAUGAUUCAACCCGUUACCAACAGUCAUCGAGAAAAGGAAGUAGAUGAAAAUCUGGGUCUAAUGUCAGAUGGAAUAUCUAAACUGAAAGGACUUGCUAUGGGACUUGGGGAUGAGAUAGAGAGACAGAAUCAACAAAUAGACGAUAGAAUUAAUCCUCAGAUGGACAAACUCAACUUGAAUUUAGAAAAUCAGAAUAAACAAAUGAAGAACAUUUUACGAAAGUAAAGCAUUUUAUGUUGAUAGUAUUUAUUUGCAGACGUGCUUGUAUGCAUUUGUCUACGUCAAAAAGUAGAAAAAGCUUACAAAUGUAUUUUGCUAUUUUUCAAUAGUAAAUCUUGUCUGGUCCCUGCAAUAAAUAAAAAAUAUAUUAGUUUAGGUCAUGAGUAAUGUUAUUAAGAAAUAAUGGUCUGUUUUCAGGCACUAUUUCCAUGGUCUAAUUCACACAAAAUACUUAUUUCAAUUCUUUUGUUGAUGAAAUUGGAAUAUGAUACAUACAUUAUAUUAUUUGAAUAUACUUGUAAUACAUUAAUUAUAUAUUUUGAAUACAGUGGUGGAUCCAGGAGGGGGGAUGUUUCCAGAGGUUGGACCCCCCUUUUUUUGACGAUCAAUGCUUUUAAGUGGGGACAUAUGGUUGGAACCCCCUUUUAUCCUGGGUUGGAACCCCACCCUUUCAAAAAUGGCUGGAUCUCCCCCUGAAUAUUAAUUUCAUAUCUUGAUUUAUAAGAUGCUUUAUUUUCUAAUCAAAGUAAAAUGGUUACAUUGGAAAUUUAAUGUAUUAAAGCAGAUUAUUAUAAGCAGACAUCAAAAACAUUUAAGAUAUACAUCCAGGACAUUCACUACUUCAGAAUCAAAGGUAGAAGGGACUUCUCUUUAUAAAAUUGAUGGGAAGAAGUGGUGAGAAUUAAAAGAUAAGUGUUUGAACUCACACAGUAUAAUAUUUUGUUUUAACAAUAUUUCUUGCCAUUUGUAUCCUAUUUUAUAUUUAAUUCUUUUUUUAUAUGGUUACAAUCCAAUUUUAUUUCAUGCCUGAGUAUACCAUCACAGUAACAGUUUAUGUUUUAAUUGUCCUUCAUAUAUAAACAAUUAUAUUUUACCAUUGGUCAGGAACUACCAGUUUAAUAUCUAGCACAGUUGCAGAUUAAAAAACAAAAAUUAAAAAGGAAAAGAAACUAUGAUAUCAUUUAUCAAUUAAAGUUUAAUGAGGAAAACCAUUCUGUUUAUGAUAGUAAUUGUUUCUCAUCAAAAAUGUAGAAAUUUAACAUGUAGCAACUUAAAUCAAUAACUUGAAACAAUUCAUUUGCAUUAAAGUAUAUACUUGAAACAAAGGGUCUCUAACCAGUCAGCCAGUUUGAGAGCCCGCUUUUGAUAUUCUGUUUCUUUAUAAGAAAAAGUAUAUAUAAGCACCAUAUUUGAAUAUAAAAAAUAACGUGUGACUGAACGACACAUGGAUGAAACUAGUACACUUCUAUUAUAAUUUAAAACGUUCUUAUUUCUUUUAAUGAUGAAUUGUGAAUGAUUCAUUACUUGUCAAUAUCAUACUUAUUUUUUUUUGUUCAAAUCUUAAUUAAGACACAUGUAAGAUUGACAAAAAAAGUACACUUUGGUAUGAGUGCUUUAGUGGCCAGGGAACAAUCUACUACUACGAUAUCACCAGUACACGCCAAUUGAAAAUAUGUAAAAUAUUUGCUUGGGCAAAUAGAAAAGAUUCUUAUCAUUGACCAUUUUUUGCUGUUUGUCAAAAAGUUGGUGGUGCAAAUCUUAGAGAACAUUAUAUCAUUAUAUUUUUGAAAUUAAUGUGUAUUUUCCCAAUAUUAUUUUGAAAUUUACUUCCACUGAGAGAUUAUUGUGUACUCUUUUCAAUGGAGUUUUAUGAUUUCAGUAUUAUAUAUACUGUUUACAUGUGUAAUUUUUUGUUCUUUUCAUUUGUAAAUUUCUCAUUUUCAUACAGUAUAUUACAUGUUUGAUACAAAGACCACAGAGUGUUUUAAUGAACUGUUAUGCUGGUGUGAACUGAUUUAAUUUAACAGUUUCUUUAAUGUAAAUACUCGAUGAAACUUGUUUUAUUAUUAAUGUAUUUUACAGCAGGCUGGUCUUCAAAAUCAUUAACCUUGUCUGUUUCUGUUUUAAUUAUUUGCAUUUAGAACUAUUUUUCAUGCGCUCAUGUACCGCCAGUAUGUUGUAUAUUAUGGUCUCAUAUUGGGUUAACCACUGAGGGAACACUUGGGUAUUUACAUCAGACUGAGGGUAACAAUCCUGCAAGGGGCAUUUACUAUUGUGUGGAUUUAUUACAUACUCAACCCAUUCUGGGAGUGCCAUUCUCCUGCAAAAAAAGAUUACAUUAUCAUUGUUUGUCAAGAGUAUGCCCAUUGGGGUUGAUGUUCAGGCUUAAUUUCUUACAAUACGGUAUUCCAUAUAUUUUCUAUGGUAGUCAAAAUUCUUUCUGCAUUUGGGUCCCAUUCUCCCCGCCCCCCCACCCCAUUACAUGUUUAUUACGUUGGUUUAGACUGUUUGUGCUGCUUGGGCAUGUUAUCAUUGUGCAUUAUAAUCAUCUUAUUCUCAGAUUGUUGUGCAAACACAAAGUGAAUCUGUAACAGAGAAUAAAGUCAGUAAUUUGAAUUCUCAGAAAACCUCAGUAAUGCAGAGUUUUCUGUCAAUAGAGGAGACAUUUUUAUCAGGUCAUAUAUUUUUUUUAAUAUAAUACAUUUUAAGAUGUCAUAAUUAUUUCCAUGUAGAUAUAUUAUAUUUUAUUGUUAUAUUCUCCAUAUAUAUAUACUAUUAUUUUGUUGAUAUAUUUUAAGAUUAUUCACGUUUCUUCUAUUAACCACCUGAAAUCCUGAUAUUAAAUUAUGUGAAAGGAAGAAAUUGUAAAUGUUAUAAUUUUUUUAAACUCUGAAUAGAUGGCAAGUGGAGUAGUUUUAAGAUUGCAUACUGGCUUUAGCAAUAAGAUACAAUGAUGCUUGUAUAGCUCAUAUCUAUCCUGAUUGCAGCUUGAAUGUUAAAACCAAUGUUUGCCUACCAAUAAGUCAUCUCUACAUAAUAGAUUCAGGUGUAAUACACUAGAUUCCAAUAAUUAUCUUAACUUCAAUGUAAAGUAUUUUGGUUUUAUACUAUUUGAUUUCAUGUCAUUUGUGAAUUUGUUGGGUAUAAAAUCUACAUCAUUAAGUUGAGCAAAGGGAUUGAUAUCUUAUUACUAAGUUCCAUAUUGUGGCUUAAAUAAAGUUGAAAAAUUGUAAAAAUAAACAUAUUGAACAGUUAACAUUAGAAUACAGAGAUGUUUGUAUAAUUUCAAGAAAACACAAGCACCUUGUCAGUUACAGGAUUCAGGGAUCCAGUUUGUUCAUAAAAGCUGUAAACUAUGUCUUAAAUAACUGAAGUGAAAGAGUUUUUUCGGGUAAUGGAAAUAAUAAAAAUCAAUCGAACUGACCCUAAGUAAUAAACAUAAUGAGAGUAGAAUGUUCUAGAAAUAACUGUUGUAAAUGAUUUAAAUGUGAGAAUAAAUGAUAUGUAUUAAAAA